AUGGGAACCAUAAGCCAAUACUUGGGGUUUGACCUUAACCUCUACAUUCCGCUCUUUCUUGUUCUCGGACUUACCGGAGUGGGACGGUACCUUAUCGACGAGAUCAAGUAUCUCUUCAAUACUUAUCUCAUGGCUGAGGCGGGAGUCUUCCCAGACGAUGAGAUAUAUAAUAUUCUCAUGUCGUGGGUCGCUAAUCAAUCCUUCGCAUCGAAAUCCCGCCACUUCAUUGCCAAUUUGAAUCGUGUCCAGGAAUCGUCUCUGUUCCAACCGAGCGGCCAAGAUCAUUCGAAGCCUCGAAGCCAAAGUCUGAAGUACACCCCAAGCUUUGGAACCCACUUGUUUUGGUACAAGAACAGGCCAAUAUUCUUCCGUCGAACAAAGAUUCACAAGGACCUCGGUCCCCGAAUCAAGGCUGAAGAGAUCACUCUUCGUUGCUUUGGAUACAGUCCCUCUCUUCUCAAGGAUCUUCUGAAAGACGCCCAUGAAGAAUAUAUGAAGAUCCAUGAAAACAAGACAAUGGUCUACAGCGCCGAACAAAGGCGCUUCGGGGCGGAAUGGAAUUGCUGCAUGGCGUUGGAGCCCAGACACUUUUCGACAAUCAUCACGCGUCCGGGUCUCAAGGAAUCCAUCAUUGACGAUAUCACCGACUAUCUGUCCGCGGAAACCCAGCUGCCUCAAGAAUGCAUCGUUCUCUUCGAGGAUAUCGACGCCGCUGGUCUGACUUCCACAAGAGCGGCCGCUGGUCCCGACGAGAAGAGAAAGUUCAGCUCGGCUUCUGAUAACGACAGGCUUUCACUGUCUGGAUUACUCAAUCUUCUGGAUGGUGUUGCCAUUCAAGAGGGUCGCAUCCUGAUCAUGUCGACAAAUCACGCUGAGAACUUGGACAAGGCUCUCAUUCGCCCUGGUCGCGUGGACAUGAUCAUUCAAUUCACGUUGGCAGACAGCCACAUGCUCAGUAACAUUUUCCAAACUGUCUUUGCAUCAACUUCAACACAAGACAAGCCGGAAAAGAAUACACCGGUAGAUCAAAGACCAAGGGUUGUCUCGUCUGAGAUCAAGGCGCUCUCGGAACAAUUCGCUGCCAGAAUCCCUUCGGGUGAAUUUAGCCCGGCAGAAAUUCAGGGGUACUUGAUCAGAUACAAACGAAAGCCCGAGAUGGCCGUAUCUGGUGCAGAAGAUUGGUUUCAGACCACAAGGUCAGAGAAGGCGGCACAAAAGUCUGAUGAAGUCAGCAAGACGGAAGAAGAGAGCGACGCAAAAUUGCCAGAAAAGGCAAGUGGCAAAGAGAAGUCUGGAACGGAGUCGUAG